CCCCCCCCCCCCCCCUCCAACUUGCCAAUGCGCCUCUCCCUACCUCCUCCUCCGUCUCCCCUGCUCUCCUCUGCUCCGUUAACUCUAUAUAUACGCUCACUGGCUACCUCCCCUCCCAAACCAUCCAAACCGACGAGCUCUCUUCCUCUCUCUCCAGCUCGGUCUCACACACACUCUCUCUCUCUCGGCAGAAACACACCACGAUCGCGGCCAAAACCCACGCGAUUGUAGCUCAGAUUGUUGUGCGAUCGACGCGAUAUGGCGACGAUCACGACGCCAGGAUAUGCUCACAUACAGCGGCAGCACGGCAGGUGCUCGACGACGGCGGGAAGGCGUGGGGCGUCCAAUUCGGUGAGAUUCUCCGCGCGCGCGGUUAGCUCCGUGCCGCACGCGGCGGCGGCGUCAUCGGCGCCGGCGUUCCUGCCGGUGCCGUUCGUGCCUGGGGCCGACGCACCGUCGCCGUCGGGGAAGAGUGCCAUUGGCGUCCCGAAGGCGCCGAGGAAGGGGGAGGAGGGGAAGAGGCUCAACUUCUUCCAGCGCGCCGCGGCGAUGGCGCUCGACGCGUUCGAGGAGGGGUUUGUGGCGAAUGUCCUCGAGCGCCCGCACGGGCUGCCGAGCACGGCCGACCCCGCGGUGCAGAUCGCCGGCAACUUCGCGCCGGUCGGUGAGACGCCGCCCGCGCGCGCGCUGCCGGUGUCGGGGCGCAUCCCGCCCUUCAUCAACGGCGUCUACGCGCGCAACGGCGCCAACCCGCACUUCGACCCCGUCGCCGGGCACCACCUGUUCGACGGCGAUGGCAUGGUGCACGCCGUCAGGAUACGCAACGGCGCCGCCGAGUCGUACGCGUGCCGGUUCACGGAGACCGCGCGGCUGCGGCAGGAGCGCGCGAUGGGGCGGCCCAUGUUCCCCAAGGCCAUUGGGGAGCUCCAUGGCCACUCCGGCAUCGCGCGCCUUGCUCUGUUCUACGCGCGCGCCGCCUGCGGCCUCCUCGACCCGUCACACGGCACCGGCGUCGCCAACGCCGGCCUCAUCUACUUCAACGGCAGGCUCCUCGCCAUGUCGGAGGACGACCUCCCCUACCAGGUGCGCGUCACCGCCGACGGCGACCUCGAGACCGUCGGCCGCUACGACUUCGACGGGCAGCUCGGCUGCGCCAUGAUCGCGCACCCCAAGCUCGACCCGGCCACCGGAGAGCUCCACGCGCUCAGCUACGACGUGAUCAAGAAGCCGUACCUCAAGUACUUCUACUUCGCGCCCGACGGCACCAAGUCGGCCGACGUCGAGAUCCCGCUCGACCAGCCCACCAUGAUCCACGACUUCGCCAUCACCGAGAACUACGUGGUGGUACCCGACCACCAGGUGGUGUUCAAGCUCCAGGAGAUGCUCCGCGGCGGCUCGCCCGUGGUGCUCGACAAGGAGAAGACGUCGCGGUUCGGGGUGCUCCCCAAGCACGCCGCGGACGCGUCGGAGAUGGUGUGGGUGGACGUCCCGGACUGCUUCUGCUUCCACCUCUGGAACGCGUGGGAGGAGGCGGACACCGACGAGGUGGUGGUGAUCGGCUCGUGCAUGACCCCCGCCGACUCCAUCUUCAACGAGUCCGACGACCGCCUCGAGAGCGUCCUCACCGAGAUCCGCCUCAACACCCGCACCGGCGAGUCGACGCGGCGCGCCAUCCUGCCGCCGUCGAGCCAGGUCAACCUCGAGGUGGGCAUGGUCAACCGCAACCUCCUCGGCCGCAAGACGCGGUACGCCUACCUCGCCGUGGCCGAGCCGUGGCCCAAGGUGUCGGGCUUCGCCAAGGUGGACCUCGCCACGGGUGAGCUCACCAAGUUCGAGUACGGCGAGGGCCGGUUCGGCGGCGAGCCCUGCUUCGUCCCCAUGGACGCCGCCGCCGCCACGCCCCGCGGCGAGGACGACGGCUACAUCCUGUCCUUCGUCCACGACGAGCGCGCCGGGACCUCCGAGCUCCUCGUCGUCAAUGCCGCCGACAUGCGCCUUGAGGCCACCGUGCAGCUGCCGUCCCGCGUGCCGUACGGCUUCCACGGCACGUUCAUCACCGGCGACGAGCUCACCACCCAGGCCUGAUCCAUCGAUCGAACACCUCCACGUUUCUUGGGGGGGGGAGGAAGUGACCAGAGGGAGCCUGACCGAUAGGUCCCCGGAUUCCACCCCCCCCCCCCCCCUUCCCUUCCAGAUACAGUUACAGUUACAGUUACAGUUAGUAUAGUAGUUAGCCUCGGUCUUCCAAUUUUUAGCUCACUCGCGUCAGCUGAGUCCACACUAGUCCAAUAGAGAGAGAGAUUAUUAGUCCAAGAUAGAGAGAGAGAGGGCCCAGCUCGUAGCUUUUGUGUUGGGUGCUCGCUUUGCUUCCAGUGAGCAACCAAGAGGUCCAGAGCUCAGCCGGUGCCUAUCUACCAGAUUACUAGUAGUAUAUAUGUUUUUUUUUUCAUCUUUUUCUUCCCUUUUUGUUUGGAUUAGACAGGGAUAUGCCCCCUGCCCCGGGUUGUCGUCGUCACCACUGUGCAGAGUUUGGGAUUCUUGCUCCCCACCCAGUUGCUGCUCCUGCUGCUGAGGUGUUGUUUUGGCUUAUGCCACCCUCCCGAGUGUGUACAUUUGUUCAUAGCUUGUAUAAUAAAAUCUGCCUCUCCCAUUGGUUUCCAUGUCA